ACAUGUGAUAUGAUCCAUUUUCCUAACAAAUAAAACAAACUUAUAAAUUUUAAUCUCCCUAUAAAAGACCUUCUUCUUCUUCUUCAUUUUCACCAUCUUCUUCAACAAAAUGGAAACCCUACCUCUACAAAGGUACAAAGUCCACAAAUUAUCAGCCAUAAUAAAUAGAACUCACACUUUUAUUCACUCAAUAGCAAUACUCUUCAUGCUAUAUUACAGACUUAUAAUCAAUCUCACCACAAUUCACACCUCAUUUUUACCUUAUUGGUUCCUAAUUUUCGCUUCUGAGUUAAUUCUCUCCUUCCUCUGGCUAUUUAACUCAGCACAUAUAUGGAGACCGAUUUCUCGUUCCGUUUUCCCCGAAAACUUACCGAUGGACGAUGAACUUCCGGCGAUCGACGUUUUUAUUUGUACGGCGGAUCCAAAAAAGGAACCGGCGUUAGGAGUUGUGAACACUGUUUUAUCGGCGAUGGCAAUUGAUUAUCCGCCGGAAAAGGUGACGGUGUAUCUAUCCGAUGAUGGCUGUUCGGUUACGACAUUAUGUGCGAUACGUGAAGCGUGGAGAUUUGGGCAAGUGUGGAUCCCAUUUUGUAACGAAUUUGGUGUGAAGAGUAUUUGCCCUGAGUCAUUUUUUCGAACAGUUGAUGAUCAUGAAAUUAAUAGGGGCAAAGAGUACUUGGAAGAAAGAGAAAAUAUUCAGAAAGAGUACGAGGAGUUCAAGGAGCGGUUGAAGAAAGCUCAAGAAAAUGGAGGGACAGAGGACAGACACUUUGGUUCAAAUAUUGAGAUAAUAAGCCAGACACAUUGUGGAGCCAAAAAUAAUGGCAAAGCUAAAAUACCAUCUCUUGUUUAUGUUUCAAGGGAGAAAAAUCCUUCUCAUCCUCACCAUUUCAAAGCUGGAGCUCUCAAUGUUCUUCUUAGAGUAUCUGGGAUAAUAAGCAACUCCCCUUACAUAUUAAUGUUGGAUUGUGAUAUGCACUCCAAUGAUCCUUCUUCAGCUAGACAAGCAAUGUGCUUUCACCUUGAUCCCAAAAUCUCUCCCUCACUUGCAUUUGUUCAAUUUCCUCAAAGAUUUCACAACAUUAGCAAGAAUGAUAUUUAUGAUUCUGCCUUGAGAGCUGUUUUUGUGGUCAAGUGGCCAGGGAUGGAUGGGCUUAUAGGACCUAUGUUGUCUGGUACAUGCUUUUAUAUGAAGAGGAAGGCUGUAUAUGGGAAUGCUACGCACAAAGCUAUGGAUCUUAGUGAGAUGAAGAAGUGUUUUGGUUCCUCAAAUGAGUUCCUAAAUACUCUUACAAGCACUAAGCAUAAGGAAUUUGCUGACAAUAAGAUCCAAGAAGCAAAAAUUUUAGCCUCUUGCACCUAUGAACAGGAUUCACAAUGGGGAGAACAGAUUGGAUUCAUGUACCAUUCAGUGGUCGAAGACUACUUCACAGGUUUCAUCUUGCAUUGCAAAGGCUGGAAAUCUGUCUUUUACAACCCCACUAGUCCAGCAUUUUUAGGCAGUGCAACAACAAAUUUGAAUGACACAUUAGUUCAAGGCACAAGAUGGAAUUCUGGUGUAAUUGAAGUUUUAUUCUCAAGAUUUUGUCCACUCAUCUAUGGCUUGAAAUCAAGAAUGCCUCUUCUUGAAUGCAUGUGUUAUGCUUACCUUGCUGCUCAGCCUCUCUAUUGCUUUCCAGCUUGGAUUUUGGCUAUCAUUCCUCAGCUUUGUCUCCUGAAUGGCAUUCCCAUUUACCCUAAGGUCUCAAGUCCAUGGUUCAUUGUAUAUUCUUUUCUUUUCUUGUCAACACUUUCCAAACACUUAUGGGAUGUUAUCCACACUGGAGGAACAAUGAGAACAUGGUGGAAUGAAUGGAGGGUAUGGAUGAUGAAGUCAAUAACAGCUUAUUUCUAUGGAACUUUGGAUGCAAUCUUGAAGUUAAUUGGCUUUAGAAAAGCAAGUUUUUUGCCAACAAAUAAAGUUGUUGAUGAUGAAAGAUUGAAGAGAUACCAAAUGGGAAUUUAUGAUUUUCAAGCAUCUAAAAUGGUAAUAGUCCCUUUGGUUACAUUAGUCAUAUUGAAUAUGAUUUCCUUCAUUUGGGGAAUUGGAAAAGUGAUUUUUGAAGGGAGAUUUAUUGAUUUUUUUGGUCAAGUGCUCCUCUCAUUUUUCAUCUUGAUGGUGAAUUAUCCUAUAAUCGAAGGGAUGAUAUUGAGGAAAGACGAAGGAAGCAUUCCACUCUUUGUGACCUUUUCGUCUAUUUUGCUUUCUUUUUCUCUCUUGUUCAUUGGUUCUAUUUUUCUAAUGUAAGAUGAUAUAUUUAGCUUAAGAUAGACAAUAUAUUUAUUGAUCUCUA